UCCGUGGCCUCCGGUAUCCUAUAGCUUGGUUUCUGAGCUCGUUUGGCCGGGGACAGUUAGCCGCCCAGACGACCGUGAGGAAAGGAGGCAAGGCUCUCCGAGGCUCUGCCCGAGGUCUCCUUGGCGAUGGCGCUUCAACCGCGGUUCUGGAAGUUGCGGUCGAUUUGCAGGAGCCUGGAGUGUGGGUUCGCGGCCCUGUCUACCAGUUCCACGCCGGCAGUGGAGCCUUUGGAAAAUGAAGCUGUUGCCCCCGAGUUCACCAACCGGAACCCCCGGAAUCUGGAGCUUUUAGGUGUAGCCCGGAAGGAACGGGGCUGGGGGACCGUGUGGCCCUCGCGUGAGUUCUGGCACAGGUUGCGAGUUAUAAGGACUCAGCAUCAUAUAGAAGCACUUGUGGAGCAUCAGAAUGGCCAGGUUGUGGUUUCUGCGUCUACUCGUGAAUGGGCUAUUAAAAAGCACCUGUACAGUACCAGGAACGUGGUGGCUUGUGAGAGUGUAGGACGAGCAUUGGCACAGCGCUGCUUAGAGGCAGGCAUCAACUUCAUGGUCUACCAACCAACCCCUUGGGAGGCAGCCUCAGAUUCGACAACUCAGGAAAACCAGCAGACAACUCAGGAAAACCAGCAUUGGCUGGGAGAUAAAACGCCUCCAAAGUGCUAUGACAAAAGGUGGUGUGGUGCUGCGGGAGCCUCGGAGGAUCUAUGAGUGAUAGAGUGGAGGUGUUGAAAAUUCUCAGCCACUACAGCCAUCACAAGAGCAUCUGGAAGAACCAGCGUGGACGUUUUAUAACAAUAAUGUAACAGUGCAGGAUACUUGUAGUUUUCGCAUCCUUUUCCCCCUUAUGUGUGUGUAUGUGGCUUUGUUUUCUUUGUUUUAAUCAAAAAAUAAAUUCUUUCACUUUCUUGGACACAAGCAAAGUACUAAGGAAAGCAGUCACAAACUACAAUUUAACUUUUAACGUGUUUGUAAGUUAUAUA